GAUGGAGCUUUUCCUUAUUCUAAGUUUAGUUCUGUCACCCCUUUACAGUUAUCAAACUGACUAUGAAAAUGAUUGUCAAUAUAAAUUUCAUGUUUGGAAACCAAGUGCAAAUGCAUUAAAGCAGUUAAGAGAAUUGGAAUUUUCUCUGAAUAUUACCCAACUAUCUAUUGAAAAGGAGUUGAAAAUAGAUGUUUUACACGAAACAAGACAUCAUAACCGGGUGUGUUUAAAUGCCGUUUCGAAAUUUGAGGAUAGUUCUAAUCUAAAAAAUGUCAAAGAGAUAAAUGAGACUCUUCGUCAAAUUAUAAAAGAUGUAGAACAGGUUAAGGAAGAUUCCUCCUAUUAUUGGGCCGAAUUUUUAUUGCAAAUAAAGCAACUAAAAAACUCAUCACUGUCGAUUCUAAAAUCACAAAAAGAUAUUAAAGAGAUAAGGAGAGAUCUGGGAAAGCUAAAAGUCAAGGUGCAAGCUUCUAAACGUGAAAAGAAUGGCUUACGGCAUAAUCAUUCAUGGAAUCGAAGCGCUUUAUCGGAUUUAGAAGCCGAAGUAGAAAGAUUACAGAGAUAUUAUAGAGAAUUAAGCGCGAACACAGCUAGUUUAGCAUCAAGCGUUAGCAGAUUAAGAUUAUCCACUCAACAAAUACAAAAGGAGAUGAUACGACUUCUAACCAACAUAGGAAAAUUAGACGAAAAGUCUGUAGAGGAUUUUGUUAGAAAUUUUGCAUCAUAUAAUACAUUGGCAGGAAUCAACUCGAAAUAUCCCAAAGAUUGUAAUGACUUGUUCACAAGGGGUCAUAGAGUUAGCUCAGUCUAUAGGGUAAUUCCAGAUAAACUUACAAAUAAGUUCUUUGAUGUGUACUGUCACAUGACUGACACUUCUGGAUGGACAGUUCUACUGAGACGUAUUGAUGGUGGUACUAGCUUUAAACGAGUUUGGAAUGAUUACGUCCAUGGUUUUGGUAAUCCGUACGGUGAAUUCUGGUCCGGUAAUGAAUUUAUGCAUUUAUUAACCGUAAAUAUCAAGUGUCGAUUGAGGAUUGAUAUGUGGGAUUUUGAAGGCAAUUAUAAGUAUGCUGUCUAUGAUGAAUUUAGAGUUGACUCGGCUGAAAGCAACUAUAGACUAAAAAUUGGACGCUACACAGGAAAUGCUGGUAAUUGUAUGAGUCUACACGAUGGAAUGAUGUUCAGUACCGAAGAUAAUGAUAACGAUCAUUCAGAAAGAAAUUUGGCUCAUAUCUUAGAAGGAGGAUGGUGGUUUAAAGAUAGCUUCAGUAGUUUUCUAACUGGUUAUUAUUAUACGAGUGGAUAUUACAAUCCAAAAGACAAGGAGACCGACGGUAUAAUUUGGUAUACAUUUAAAGAGGAGGCGGGAGAAAGAUAUUCUUUAAAACGUGUAGAAAUGAAAGUUCAGCCUAUCAAUUAUGUUUAA